AUGGGCAAAGGUACAGAUAAGCUGUACAUCACUCAUAGCGAGUGGAGCAGCGACAAUGCAUUCGGCCCAUCAGCAGGCGCAAAUGCCCGCAGAUCUACCAACACCGGUGCGAGCUUCAAGCGAUUACCCUUCAACUUCUGUGCCGUGUCUCUUCAGCCAUUCGAGCAUCCAGUAUGCACCUUAGACGGCACUAACUUUGACUUGACGAACAUCCUACCCUGGAUCAAGAAGCAUGGGACGAAUCCAGUCGAUGGCAGUCCUUUGAAGAGCAGCGAGCUGAUUAAGCUUAACUUCGCCAAGAACGACGACGGCGACUAUGUUGACCCCGUCACAUUCAAGGUCUUCACGGAUAAUACGCACAUCAUCGCAUUACGGAAUACUGGCAAUGUCUUCAGCUAUGACACGAUCGAAAGAUUGAACAUCAAAGCGAAGAACUGGCGUGAUCUGGUCAGCGAUACUGAGUUCAACCGGGCCGAUAUGAUCACCCUUCAAGACCCGCAGAAUGUCGAAAGUCGAGAUUUGAGCAAAUUCAAGUAUCUGCAGGAUCGCGAGAGUGUGCUCACUCCCGCGCAAGAGGCAGAGCGCGCGGCGGGUAUCAAGUCUGAGAAUCUGGGCAGUGCGGCGAAGAUCUUGAAAGCUAAGGAAGCGGUCGCGAGGCGGAGGGAAGAGCGCGAACAGGCAGCAAAUGGCGGAGCCAAAGAUGCAGAACAACAGGCUCUUGUCAAUGCUCGGAAGGCCCAGGUAGAAGUAGCAAAGUCUGCUCGAUCCGCGAGACCUACACCAUACAACGCGGCCCAGUAUACGACGGGAGCGGCCGCAGCUUCUCUCACUUCUACCGGGCUAACUCCAUCCACGACUGGCGAGCGCGCGAUCUUGAGUGACGAGGAGUACAUGCUCAAACCGAAGCGUGUCAAGACGAAAGGCUAUGCUCGGGUAGCGACUUCACAUGGAGACCUCACCAUAGAAUUGUAUCCCGAGUUUGCGCCGAAAGCUGUCUGGAACUUCAUACAGCUUGCGAAGCGUGGUUACUACAAAGGUGUGAACUUUCACAGGAACAUCCGCAGCUUCAUGAUCCAAGGUGGUGAUCCGACUGGAACUGGUCGUGGGGGCCAGAGCUGCUGGGGAAAGUCCUUUGCGGAUGAAUUUGAGGGACCAUUGACACACGAUGGUCGCGGAGUCAUGAGUAUGGCGAACAAGGGGAAAGACACAAACACUAGUCAGUUCUUUGUCCUCUACCGAGCUGCCGCGCAUCUCAAUCGCAAGCACACCAUCUUCGGUCGUGUGAUCGAAGGGCUGGAUAGCACUCUGAACAGGCUGGAAGCCGUGGAAGUGGAUGAUGGCAAGCGACCUACCGAGACCUGCAAGAUCGAAGACGUGGUCGUGUACGUUGACCCCUUUGAAGAGUUUCUCAAGCAACGCACCGAGCGCGAAGCAGACGAAGCACGUCAAGAGCAGUUGCGACUCGAAGGCGGCGCCGAGGAUGACCGGACAACCUGGACUGGGAAGCGGAUACGUGCGGACGGGAAGCGCGAAGAAGGCAAUGGCGAGAGUGCCGGUGUUGGCAGGUACAUGAGUAAGCAGACACCCGCAGUAGCCUUAACAGCUGAGGAGGAUGAGAUUGUUGGUGGAUGGGAGGAGCCUGAGCCACCGACCAAGAAGGCGAAAAUUGGUGGAGGUGGCUUUGGCAACUUUGAUAAUUGGUGA